AAAAUGUUUGAUACAUAGCAAUGGAAGCCCCCAGAGUGUCGUUCUUGUUCGCUUCUUCACUCUGUCCUCAUAAAUAAUCAUUUCCUUGCACGAUUGAUUGAGCUAUCAUUGAAGACGCGCAUUUCUUCCUCUCCAGUUCUCGAUUCGCCUCUGGCGGCGGUGCUGUGGAGUGAAGUGAAGUGAACCAACACGUCAUAUGAUAAAUUCGCCGUCAAAACCACUCUCUUCCAUGAACGACGGUGAUAAAUUUCUGCAUUCUUUGUAUUAAUGGCAUUGAAACAUUGAAUUAUUAAGGGUUUUGUUUGGGGAGAACUGACAUCGGAAGCUAGAAUCUGUUGUUAUGGCUUCAAGAGUGAUUUUGCAAAAGAGAAGGAGCCUCUUCUUCAACCCUCUAUGUAGUCUACCUACUCGCAUUAUUUUUGGAUUCUCCAGUGUUGGGCACGCUCAGCCAUUGGAAUCUAGUGAAUUAGAAGGUGUGAGCCAGUUUCCCUUCUGUCCAUCUGCAACUACGGAAAAUGUACAGGAAAAAAAAAUAUUUACUGUCAACAAAGAUGAUCUAGCAGCUUAUGCAGCUUCAAGAUUUAUCUCGCACAGUUCCUUUAGAGUAUCAAGUUUUGGAUUUAUAUCUGACAAGAUAGAGUUAGUUUAUCUUUCAAGAUUGGGGUGGUUAUCCAGAUGUAGCCGUAAUAUUUCCACGGCUUCAGCUGAUCAAUCUGGAUUGACUAGCAGUUAUAAGGGAAGUGAACAAUCAGCUACUAUACAGAAAAAGGAAGCUUCACCAGAGGAAUGCGAUGAAGCUGUUGAAGGCUUGAGCAACAUAAAAGCAAAAGCUAAGGCUAAACAAAUGCAAGAACCAAAGAAGAGUGCUGAUUCUAUUUUAAGGAAAUUAUGGACUAGGAUUUUAGGAAUUGGUCCAGCUUUCAGAACUAUGAUGUCAAUGAGCAGGGAUGACUGGGCAAAGAAGUUUCAUCAUUGGUGGGAUGAAUUUAAAUCUACCCUUCAACACUACUGGUUUGGUACAAAACUACUUUGGGCUGAUAUCAGGAUAAGCUCCAGAUUAUUGUUGAAACUUGCCGGUGGAAAGAGUCUUUCUAGAAGGGAGAGGCAGCAACUCACAAGGACAACAGCUGAUAUUUUCAGGCUAGUUCCAUUCGCUGUAUUUAUCAUAGUUCCAUUCAUGGAGUUAUUGUUGCCAGUAUUCCUUAAAUUGUUUCCCAACAUGCUGCCUUCCACUUUCCAGGACAAGAUGAAAGAACAGGAGGCAUUAAAAAGAAGGCUAAAUGCAAGAAUAGAAUAUGCCAAGUUUCUUCAAGAUACUGUAAAAGAAAUGGCAAAGGAGAUUCAGAAUUCACAAAGUGGAGAAAUGAAGAAGACAGCAGAAGAUCUUGAUGAAUUUAUGAACAAGGUCAGAACAGGUGCCCGAGUUUCUAAUGAUGAAAUCUUAGAAUUUGCCAAAUUAUUUAAUGAUGGGCUCACCCUGGAUAACAUUAGCAGGCCUCGCUUGGUAAAUAUGUGUAAAUAUAUGGGCAUCAGCCCAUAUGGAACUGAUGCAUAUUUGCGUUACAUGCUCCGCAAAAGAUUACAGGAGAUCAAGAAUGAUGAUAAACUGAUUCAAGUUGAGGGUGUCGAAUCUCUUUCAGAAGCAGAGCUUCGUCAAGCUUGUAGAGAUCGAGGAUUGCUUGGAUUACUUUCAGUGGAAGAAAUGCAGCAGCAGCUUAGGGACUGGCUGGAUUUGUCUCUCAACCAUUCUGUGCCAUCUUCCCUCUUAAUUCUUUCUAGAGCAUUUUCUGUUUCAGGAAAGGUCAGACCAGAGGAAGCUGUUCAAGCUACACUCUCUUCUCUGCCAGACGAGGUUGUAGAUACUGUUGGGGUGACAACUUUGCCGUCUGAAGAUUCUGUUUCAGAAAGGAAGAGGAAGUUGGAAUAUCUUGAAAUGCAAGAGGAGCUAAUCAAGGAGGAGGAAAAGAAAGAGGAGGCAGAGCAGGCCAAAAUGGUAGAAUCUGUUGUUGGUAGUGAAGAGAGGGCUUCAAGAACCAAACAAAUACAAGGAGAGGUAAAAACAAAGACAUUGAAUAAACAGGAGCACCUCUGGGAGCUCAGCCGUGCAUUAGCAAUCUUAGCAUCAGCAUCUUCGGUGAGCAGGGAACGUCAAGAGUUUUUGAGGCUUGUUAGAAAGGAGAUGGAGCUUUAUGAUAGUAUGGUAGGGAAAGAAGGUACAGAAGAUGAACAGGAAGCUAAGAAGGCCUAUAAAGCUGCAAGGAAGGAAAGUGAUGGUGCUAUUGAGGUGGCAAUUGGUGAUAAGGUUUCUUCAGCACUUGUUGACAGGGUUGAUACUAUGCUCCAAACACUUGAAAAAGAAAUUGAUGAUGUUGAUGCUAAAAUUGGAGACCGCUGGCGGUUGCUAGACAGGGAUUAUGAUGGGAAAGUGACACCUGAGGAGGUUGUUUCUGCUGCUAUGUAUCUGAAGGACACUCUGGGCAAAGAAGGAAUUCAUGAGUUUAUCAGCAACCUUUCCAAGGAUAGUGAUGGGAAAAUAUUGGUGGAAGACAUUGCCAAAUUGGGCGCCCAGAAAGAAGAAGCCGAUAGAGACGAAGUGGGAAGAUCAUAGUGUUCCAUUGAUAUUAACUUCAUGGUUCUAUUCGAGUUCGACAUCAUUUUAUCUGUGAAAUUUUGUUGUAUCGCUAUGUUUUCUUUGAAAUGUAACUGUAAAGAACGAUGGUUGGUUUUUCUGUAGUGAAUAAUGAUCUCAUAGAACCCCUGCCCCCAACAAAGUAAUACGAGGUAGGGAUCUUAGUACUCAAUGGUAAGGUGGAAUAAUGCCAGCACAAAGAAAUUAAAAUUAUUAAUAACGUGUCAAACUAGAUUAAUUAAUGUAUUUGCCAUCCUUUCAAAUGCUUUGUUGCCCUCUGUACUGUCUGAAUUUCAGUCCAAAACUUAUUUAAUCAUUGAAGGCUUCUGUAUUUGAUCUCAGUACUCAAUGGUAAAGCUGUUAGCCACAUGGAAUCA